UACUGCUAGCUCUUCGGCCUCAUCUUUUUCUUCCAACUCCAGAAAAAGAUCAUUGUCAAUGAUUUCUGAUGAAGAAAUAGGUGAAUUGAGAGUAAUUGAUGAUGAUUAUGGUAAUAUUAGUAGCAGCAGUGAUGGCCAUUUCCAUUUUAAUAAGAAACCAUGUAAGGUAAAAAAAUUUGAUAAAAGUUUUACUCCAAUGAAAUGCAUAAAGUUAAAUAAAAACAACAGUAUUACAAGAUGGACAAGUGGUAAUCAAGAAAUUGAUCUUUUAUUACAAGAAAUUAAAAGUAUUAAAGGGCAAAAUGAAUAUACUUUUUUAUGGAUUGAUCUUGAAAGUUUUAAAGAUAUAUGUGAAAUUGGUAAAGGUGGAUUUGCAACUGUUUAUCGUGCAAUAUGGAUUAGGUCAGUUAAUAAUAACAAUAAUGAUGGUGAUGGUGAUGAUUUGGUUGUUGCUUUAAAAAGGUUCCAUAAUUCAGAAAAUAUUUCAUCAAAGUUUUUGAAUAAGACCAAAAACAAUGACAUUGAAGGAAAAACAACGAUUAAUUCAUGA